GCAGGUGGUCACUGCAGGUCUUUUCAUCAGAAAGACUCUUCUGGCUUCCAGACAAGGGGGUGGAGGGUCAUGGACAGAAGUCUAGGAGGCUUUUCCAGGUCUGAAUCCUCUUACAGCUGACCCGCCCCUGGGACCUGGCAGACAAGCCUCCUGCUCCAGACGCAAGUUUGACCGGAUUGAAUUCAAGACUGCUCUCCAGAAUGUUGAGGUUGCCAGAGAAGUGACGUCUGAAAAGGGAAAAUACUGCUCUACUUAAAUUCAGACGACAUCCUUGGCGGUGCCGUGGCACAUGGAUUUCAGGGCUGCCUGUGAAGAGACAAAGACAGGGAUUUGUUUGCUGCAGGAUGGUAAUCAGGAGCCUUUCAAAGUCCGGCUGCACCUAGCCAAAGAUAUUUUGAUGAUCCAGGAGCAAGAUGUGAUAUGUGUGUCUGGUGAGCCUUUCUAUUCUGGUGAAAGAACCGUGACCAUUAGAAGACAAACCGUAGGAGGAUUUGGACUAAGCAUCAAGGGGGGAGCAGAACAUAAUAUUCCAGUUGUCAUCUCAAAGAUCUCCAAGGAGCAAAGAGCGGAACUUUCAGGUCUGCUCUUUAUCGGGGAUGCAAUUCUGCAGAUAAAUGGAAUUAAUGUGAGAAAAUGCAAACAUGAAGAAGUGGUUCAGGUUCUUCGGAAUGCUGGAGAAGAAGUGACCCUGACGGUGUCAUUUUUAAAAAGAGCACCUGCUUUCCUCAAACUUCCACUGAACGAAGACUGUGCAUGUGCGCCAAGUGACCAGAGCAGUGGCACCUCCUCUCCUCUUUGUGACAGUGGCUUGCAUCUCAACUAUCAUCCGAACAAUACAGACACAUUGUCGUGUUCUUCAUGGCCAACAUCUCCAGGUCUGAGAUGGGAAAAACGGUGGUGUGACCUCAGGCUGAUUCCUCUGCUUCAUUCCCGUUUCUCUCAGUAUGUGCCUGGGACGGACGUGAGUCGGCAGAAUGCUUUUCAAGUCAUUGCUGUGGACGGAGUUUGCAGUGGGAUUAUUCAGUGCCUCUCUGCUGAAGACUGUAUUGACUGGCUACAAGCAAUAGCAACUAAUAUUUCAAACCUCACAAAGCACAAUAUUAAAAAAAUCAACAGAAACUUUCCAGUAAACCAGCAGAUAGUCUACAUGGGCUGGUGUGAAGCCCGGGAGCAGGACCCUCUACAAGAUCGUGCGUACUCGCCAACAUUUCUAGCCCUGAGGGGAUCGUGUCUUUACAAGUUUCUGGCCCCUCCAUCUGUCAGCUUUGCAAGUGCCCACUGGCAGGCCUGUCCUGGAUAUGGCUCCGCUCACUUGUGUCCAGGCCAGCUCCUGCGAUGUAGAAGUCCUCUCCAGCCAGCACAGCGGGGACCCGGGCAUUUCUACCCUGAUGACCUCCAGGAUGAAGCAUUACUUCUUAUGGAUGAGCAAAGAAAAUGGUUUCUUGAGAUGGAAUCAUCUUCUGGGGAAGUUGCUGUGAAGACUGUUGAAAUGACAUCAGAGGAUUUACAGUAUUAUGUCAACUUAAUUGAUAAAGUAGCAGCAGAAUACAGCAGUAUUCUAAAGCAAAAUCCUCAUGACCAUGCAAUUCACCAUGCAUUAGUCAGCAGUGAUUCAAGGGAUGGCCAUGUUAGCAAGACGGAUUCAUGUAUGCCAGCCUGUGUAACUCCAGGUUUUCAUCAGGACAGUGACCUGCUGGACCGGCGGAAACACUGCUUCACGGUGCAGUCCGAGUCUGGGGAAGACCUCUACUUCUCCGUGGAGUUAGACUCUGACCUCGCCCAGUGGGAACGAGCCUUCCAAACAGCCACCUUUCUGGAAGUGGAACGGAUACAGUGCAAGACGUAUGCGUGUGUGCUAGAGAGUCAUCUGAUGGGACUCACGAUUGACUUCAGCACAGGAUUCAUCUGCUUUGAUGCUGCAACAAAGGCUGUACUUUGGAGGUUUAAGUUUUCUCAGCUGAAGGGCUCUUCAGAUGACGGCAAAAGCAAAAUCAAAUUUUUGUUUCAGAAUCCAGAUACUAAGCAGAUUGAAGCAAAGGAGCUGGAAUUUUCAAAUCUGUUUGCUGUUCUUCACUGCAUUCAUUCGUUCUUUGCUGCCAAAGUAGCUUGUUUGGACCCUCUCUUUUUAGGCAAUCAGGCUACCACUUCCGCUGCUCCCAGCUCUGCUGCUACAAGCAAAGCCAAGUAUACAACUUGACACACUGAGCUUUGUAUUGCCGCUUACCACGACCCUAGAGACGGAACCCACACAGUCAUCAUUGUAGACCCUGGAGAAACAAUAUCACCAAGCCAACAGUAAAUGCAGUUUGAAACCUCAUCAGAAAACAAGAAGGUCCUAAGGGAUUUCAAAAGCAUCUCUGUUUCGGAAAGCAUUCGUGAAUCACCUUAAAGAACAGAACAGCUCGCUCUCACUCAGUUUAUUUGUACCAGUAUUUCAUCAAAAGUGAAGAGAAAAAAAUGAAUGAUUCAAACUAUGUAAAUAAUAUAAAAAUUGUAAGCUACCUAUAA